CAUGCAGUUGGAUCUCCUGUGAACAAACGGCCAACUCAUUCAUCAGUCGCUGUUCAUCGUCUCCGCGGAACAGUUCGUUGUGUGCCCAGUGGAACUAUCGUUUCUGCAACACAUCGCAGAAAUCGCAUCGGCGUGUCUGGGUGUCCAUUUACAUUUCCCUCAAUCGCACUCUCUUUGGCCUCGACGGCGGCGACGGCCUGGGUGAACAAGAAACGCCCGGUAUCAUCAGGUUGCGGCUUCUUGCUGCGGUACCCGUGUAGUAGUCAACCACAACUUAAGUUUUCAUUUCAUCUGCCCAAAAGAUUCGAUGACCAAUGUGUUCUAGUUUCGGUACAUACUUUCAUGACGGUCUUCUGCGCUCGGUGACGGCCACGACGCGACCGGUGAUGCAUGAAGUCUUGCGUGUGCGUUGCUGCUGCUACCUACGUGCGAACGAUUUGCAUUGAUUGGUGAUGUGGAGAUUGCUAGAAAAAGUGCACUUUUACUUUCGACUACAGACGCGUCGCCACUGUCCACUUUGCUUCCACCGUCUACCAGCAACCAGCCGUUCGCGAGAGGGAACUACAGCUUCCGAAGAAGUGCGUACGAAUCCCCUUCACACGAAUAAGUAGCGAACGAAGAGCAGUCAUUCAUUGGACGUUGGCAAUUGUGAUUCUUCAAUGCUUGUUUUUUGUUCAGUUUAGUCAAUUAAUCGAAAACGAUAGAAGCAUCAUCAUAAGUGGCAAUAAAAAAAUAACAAAGUGAUACAUAAACAGUAUAUUGCAGCAGCAGGUUGCGGCGAGUCGGAGUUUGCUUGAAUAGGAACAGAACACUUUGAACAUCUCAAAACAUUUCUAAAUGGAAAUAUCAACCCAUUCACCAGGAGGAUAGGAGAAGUUAGAAUCAUCCACUGAUAUCCACAACAUUCGGCAAGUAAGAAGCGCAAUCCCAUCCCCACAAUCAUCAGAAACCCCCAGCAGAAGUCAGUCUGGCUCUUUCCGGCUGCAAGAUGGCACGCCACAUAAUGGCGGUUUGCGUCGUAUGCUUGCUGUGUGCCGAUCAUCUGCCCUGUAAACAACAUGAUGACGAACCAGGGCGAAUACAGUCCAUUGCUGAUGCGAACUACGUUUAUCACAAAGAGCUAGAUAUACGACGGUUAGGAGCAGCACCACAAAGCGCCGAGAAAACUCAUUUGGUGAAGCGGCAUACACACGGGCAUGAUCAUCAUAAGCAUCAUCAUGAUGGUGGACAUGAUCACAGCGAGGAUGGAGACGAUGGGACGGCUGAUGCGUAUGAUCAGCGUGUGGUGAGACAAAAACUGGAGACCUUCAUGCAGAUGAUUUUCAGCGAGUUUGGGGAUCCUCAGUCGAUGACGAUGGAUGUGAUAGGUUUCGAAAGCAUGAUAAAGCGUUUGAACAUGUACCGAUUGGUUACUGAGAUAUUCCCCAAUGUAUCGGUCAAACAAACGACACCAAACAACGAUCGGACGGAUGCGGAUGACGAUGGAUCUUGUAUCAACAGCAUCGACUUCGUGAAGCACAUUGCAGCACAAAACGCAAAAUCUCCUGCAAAUCUAUCUCAUCUGACAUACAGUGAUGCAGUUAAUAGCAGUAGUAGCAAUAAUCCCAAUACUAAUAAUGGCACUGCCAGUAAUAGUAAUAACAACUCCAGCAGCAGCAGCAGCAGCAAUAGCGGUAGUUUACACGUUAGUGAUAAAGUAUUAAAUAACGCUAGUAGCAGUAACAACAAUAGCCAGAGCAACGAUAGCAAUUUUGUCAGUGAACUGAAUCGACUAAAAGCUUCUAUUCGAAUGGAUCAAGAUGAUCUGUUCAACAUCUGCCCGAUUUUGCUGGCGCAGCUCUCAUCGAAAACAUCCAGAGAACGAGCGGGAUGCAUUGAUCCUGCCAACAUCCCUAAUUUGUCAUCGCUCACCGGAGGGUCGUCUUCUUCGGUGCAUGUUCAUGGGGAACAUGUCGACGAUUCGAUAGAGCUAUCGGUGUGGAUUUACUCCACCCUGGCCGUUUUAGGUGUUAGUUUGUGUGGUUUGUUAGGUGUUGCUGUGAUACCCUGCAUGGAUAAGCACUUUUACCAACACGCACUACAGUUUCUAGUGGCGCUUGCGGUGGGUACUCUCUGCGGGGAUGCUUUGCUCCACCUGCUUCCCCAUGCGAUGAUGUCACGAACGAUGACCGAUUCGCACGAUGAAAUGAUGUACAAAGGAUUGGCCGCAGUUGGAGGAAUAGUGUUCUUUUAUUUUAUGGAACGAUUCUUAACCGUGAUAGCUGAGUGGUACAAACACCAGGAGAAAAAAGAUAAACCAUCGUCCCGAGUGCGAGUAAUGCGAGAUCCCGAGGCCAGCUCACUGCACAAUACUUCCGGAGGCGAAAAGCAGUGCAAGCACAAGUAUAGUUCCUAUCCGUAUUGUUACGAUGAAAUCGCCAUGGACACCAAAGAUGAUCACCACGAGCAUAACAACGUAGGAAACCAUCACAAUAAUCACAAUAACGCCACUGCUAAGUGCGCAAACCAUGGCGAGCAUGGUGAUCACACCGGUGAAUAUGUUAGUUUGCAUCAGAACAACGGCAAAGAUGAUCCUAUCAACCAGGACAAUAAUACUGUGUCUACUAACUUAGAUGACGCUUCGAUAGAGAGCGAAUCGGCAUAUCAUAAACCAAAAAUGCGUCCGGAGAACUACACCAUCAUUCUGCGUGAGCACGAAACGAAACAUCAUGGACAUUCGCACACCCAUGGACAUGUGCACUCCCCACCAGGAUCCCUCUCGGCUGUCGCCUGGAUGGUUAUCAUGGGAGAUGGGCUGCAUAAUUUCACCGACGGUAUGACCAUCGGGGCUGCUUUUGCAAACAACAUUGCCGGUGGAUUUUCCACUGCCAUUGCAGUGUUUUGUCACGAGCUUCCGCACGAGCUGGGUGACUUCGCAGUAUUGCUGAAGGCGGGCAUGUCAGCCCGGGAUGCAGUUUAUUACAAUUUGCUGUCAUCGAUACUGAGUUUCAUAGGAAUGCUGGUCGGCAUUGUGAUCGGACAUCAGGAGCAGGCAUCGGCAUGGGUGUUUUCGGUUGCGGCUGGACUGUUUCUGUAUAUAGCGCUGGUCGAUAUGAUACCAGAGAUGACGUCUGCACAUGGGGCCGAGGACCGCUGUAAAACGUCGGAAUUUUUGCUUCAAUUUUUCGGUAUGAGUGCUGGUUUUGGCAUUAUGCUACUUAUUGCGAUGUACGAGCAUGAUCUCAAGGAAAUCUUUGUCGAUUGAAAAAUGAUGAUCGGAUAAGCAUCGAUGCGAUGCACACUAAUUAUUACUACUGCAGCUGUUUUGGGGUAAGAAGAUGCGAAAAAGCGUGUGAUGGGUGACUUUAAAGUAACUACAUUAGGCGCGUGACAGCACUUGUUCUAAAAUGUUCUGAAUGAGUAGCUCGUUCACGUCGAGAAAACUCCCUUCGAAAAGGAAAACAUACAGGAGCACAUGUUAGUAGAGCUCAUCGGAUUGAAUGGAAAUGUAUAUCUAUUUGAGGAGAAAUCGCGAUUUAAACACAUUAAUUAAACUUAAAUGCUAGGAUUAUAACAGAAAUAUUUUGAAUAUUUCACUACACAGAACUCUAUCAAUUUAUGAGAGAAAAAAAAAUUGUUUGAAAGAAGUAUUACCAGUGCGGCUUUUUUACUUCCGUAUUCAUAAACAACACUCAUCGAAUUUAGGUCAUCUCACACGACAUUUAAAAAAAAAUAUUUUCACAAUCUUUGCUAACCAAAAAUUUUGUUUUAAUUUGAGUUUACAUAAGAGAGUUUGUUUGUAGGAAUUUUAUUAUUGAAUGCUUUUUAUCUAAGCACUGCACUAUUUCAACAAUACGUAAAUAAAUUCCACCCAGCGAAACAGUGCAACAGCCGUUCGAGUUCACUUCUCGAUGCUCGAGUGAAGAUCCAGGCAACGGCGUUCAAAUACUUUGUAUCCAAAUUAUCAUUUUCAUAAAUAUGCUCAUAGUAUAGAAGACAUAAUCCCGCAGAAUAAACCUUACAACAGAAUGCAUUUAGUAAUACGAUAUUUAGAGGAAACAACACAUGUUAGGGUUUUUUCUUCACGCCAUAGUCUGUCAACCUGUAAUGAUUUUUUUUUUGCCUUUGCACCUUAUGUUUCCUAGCUCUUAAGUAGGAAUAACAAAUUUUAGUAACCUUUUUUUCAAAUCAUGUUUCUUAGUUUUAGUAUUAAUCUUGCAUUGUAAGGAAAUCGAUUUUGAUGUGUUUAGAUAUAUUUACAUUUUGGGCGUCUCAAUCUGUGUUAAUUUUCACACUAAUUAAGGCGGGAAAGAGAACAAUAAUGAAAUCCUUCGAAAAUAAAACCAGUAAAU